GUGGAGGUCUCGAGGACUUGGCUUUGGCUUGUGGCUCAUUUAUUUCCCGCACCUCACGAGACGAGCCGAGCCGUCUUCUGGCAUACAUUGGCUCUUCCAGUCUUUCUUGUCGUACUAUGCCAAAAUAUCCCACAAUUCUUCCUCAUCCCAGAAUUACUGUAAAACAAGGUCUUUGGCCCACGCCUAUGACGCAUCGCCUUAACUGGGAUUCAUCCGUCUCUUCCCAGCGCUCUCCAUAGACUCAGUUUUUGCGGACCCUGUGUAUGGACUUCUACUUCAAAUCGUGCAACCGACCUCCCUCCGCCAUGGAGCCACCCGGCGUGCAGAGGCCACCGUCGAACAACUUCGAUGCGCCUGUCCACAACUGGCCCCCGGCAUACAACCUGUUCAAUUUCUACCAAGCGCCUCCCGAUGCCGACCCUUGGGUGCCCAAAGGCGUCAUUCCGGAGCGCCAUCAUGGUCGCGAGAAGCCCGGAGCUAUUGCCUCCCGCGAGGCAGGCCCGUCCCUCUCCGGAUGGCGAAGUGCCGCUCCCUCCGAAUGCGAUACCAUGCCUCUGGUGCCUGCACCGUCUGACUCGGGCUACGAGACCCGCGAGAGCUUGUCUCUCUUCGAGGGCAUGGACCGGAGCCAGGACACCCAGAGCAUCACUGGCCAGAUGGUGGACUACCACCCGUUUGCGGGCCUCUCUUCGGACUCCUUGUCCCGUGACAUGAACAUGAACUUGCACGCCAACAGUUGGCCUCACCCUGCAGGCUCAGCCGGCCUAGAUUGUCAAAGCGUUGCUCCCCGCAAUGAGCUCAUUUGUCUUGUGUGUCGGAAAACGGUCAAAACCAAGUCUCAACUCGCAAAACAUCACCAACGACACAGCAAGCCGCACAAGUGCGACGUUCCAGGCUGCCCUCGCCAGGAGGGCUUCAGCACGUUGAAUGACUUGGAUCGCCACAAGCGAAGCCUGCAUCCCGACUUGGCCACCGCAGGCCCACGAUAUCGUUGCCACCUUGAUCAAUGUCAAAACAAAGAUAAGCUCUGGCCGAGAGCUGAUAACUUUCGCUCUCAUCUCAAACGUGUUCACGCCAUAGUUCUGAGUCCAGAUGAGGAUCUGAUUGGAUUUGUUGUUCCAUCUGCCUCCUGUACUCCCAUCGUGCUGCCCCUUAACCAAUCCAACCUCGAGGGCGUUGGUUCCGCCAUGGAGUCGAGCUAUCUUGAGUCCACUACACUUUUGAACCCCACACUUUCUCUUGAUCCCAGGUCACAGAACCUUGCUAUGUCACAUGUUUCGUCUCAGGAAGCCGGCCCAUGGGCCGACUCACAACCUCCUCAAUUGGCGCCGACGGUCACGGUCUCGGACAUAUCUCGACCUGUGUAUGUCAAUCAGGAUAAACCCCAGUCUGUUUCUGGCCCAGUCUCCGAGCUUCCAGACAUGGCUUUGUGUGCGUCUUUUGGCUCAUCACCACCUCGCGCCCCCGGGACUGGCUAUGUGGUUUCGGCGCGAGCAGCUGAGUGCUAUACAUCGAGCCAGUAUGGGGGUGAAGGCGAUGGAAUAACCAGUGGCCACAUGUUCAUUUCGGAACCGAAAGAAAAGGAAAACGUCGAAACAACGGAAGGUGACGACGAAAGCCAAGAUGACGAUUCCCAGCAUCAGUCGCCUGCUGGCUCCAAUCAAUGCGACCCUGUAGACCAAGAGAAUUCAGGUUCGGCCGUGUUCGAACGAUGCACCACUCUCUCGAACCCAGCACCCCCUGCUACGACAAGAAGGGCAGGAACAGAGACGCCCAGCGAGAUGGACAUGGACGAUCGAGCACUGUGGGCCUUGUUGCAGAAGGUUCCCAAACGCUUGCUUGAGAAAUUCGUGCAAGAAUCCGGAGCACAUCCUGUCAGGGAUUCACCCGCCUCAACCGCACCGGCUAAAGCCUCGCUACCCACAUGCUCUACCUGUCACAAAACCUUUGCGCGGCAGUGUGAGCUCAGGAAACACCAGAGGAGGCACGAUAAGCCAUACGGCUGCACAUUUCCCAACUGCCACAAGAAGUUCGGGAGUAAAAACGACUGGAAGCGGCAUGAGAACAGUCAGCAUUAUCAACACGAAGUGUGGGGAUGCAAUGAACAGUCCGCAACGUCCCCCGACACACGGUGCGGCAAGGUCUUCCCCCGCCGCGCGCUGUUGAGGCAGCACCUGCAGACGUCUCACUGCGCGGCAGCGGGAGGACCCCUGGCGGAAAAGGAACUCGACGAAUGCCGCGUGGACCAGAAUGGGGAACCGAGGUUCUGGUGCGGUUUCUGCUCUCAGAUGGUGGACACCAACCAGCAAGGGCUGCAUUCUUGGGCUGAACGCUUCAACCACAUCGACGACCACAUCUCCGGGCGGAACGACUUGGCCAAGAAGACGAUGGCAGAGUGGAAGAGCAUUGAACCCGAUAUGGACGCGCUCGAUGUAGCUCUCCUCAGCCCGCCUCUUAUGAGGCCAGUGGAGAGGAGUUAUGGUGACGCCACCCCAGUCCAGGCAGAAGAGGAGUUGCCCCAGUCUUACCCGAAAACCCCCGGGAAGCGAAAGCCCCAUGACGAUGAGGGGGCAGAGGAGUUCCAACCGAAACGGACGAGGAGAGAAGGGAAUCUGAUGUGGACCUGCGUGAGUUCCCAACCGCAACCACACUACUGGGGCAGCGAUUCGUGCUUACAUUGGGGGAUAAACAGUGCCAUUGCUCGAUGGAAUACAACGCGGAAUUCGACUCUCUUUGCGUGUCUACGGACGGAUGCAAGCAUAGACGGUGCUGUAACUGUACCAUGGUCGAAAUCAAGCACGGGUACCGAUUCAAGGGGCACGUUUUUACGAAUGGAUGACAUGACCCUUGGGAACGUUAAGGGACUAGCGUAGUAGGCGUUUAGGACAGCUUGGGUUACAUGUAUGAGAAAAUAUCAUGCAAUAGAGAUAAGGAAGAACAGAGAGAGGAGUGUGUGUGUGGAAGAGAUGCUCAUUUCCCAUACAUGGCCGUUAUGUACGAUUCACCGCCCACGGACCCGGUUCAUGGCUCUGGAGCGAUGCCACGCAUCGGGCAUGAUCCAAGCAUACAGGUACGCGUAGCCAGUUAGGUACUCGGGCUCGAGCGUAAACAAAAAAAACAGAGGAUACAUAUUCGGACAUAAGCCGGGAC